CACACACAGUUAAUCCUCGGCGGCUGCUGUUUGGAUAAAAUGCGCUGGGAGCGUUCGAGGCUCCGCGGCCACUCACAUCUGGCCCGGGUUUGCUCUUUACGCGUCUGUCCCGCUUUCUUCGGUUCUUCCUCUACUUUCGAGAAACCGCGUUUCCGCUUCUGGCCAAAGAGACCUUGUAGCCGAGGAGAUCCAGGUGCCGGGGAGCGGCCGGCUGUCCUGCACCCCGACAACUUUCUGCGCCCUCUUCCCGGAGGACUUUUUCCUUCCUGCCUGCUCUCUCCUUCGACAAGUCUGGUCUUCCCCCGACCUGGCGGGGAGGAGGCUCCGCCGCUGGGAGAUGCUCUAAGAGAGGCCGCGGGGAGGACGCGGGCGCCCCGCUCGCUCCCGGACGCUGGUGGCUGGAGGGAGGAAGAAAAGCAUGAAAAAUACAGCUCCAGGCCGGAAGAGGAGCCUCCCGCAUCCGGGUGCUUUCGCUGCUGUGACCCUGGUACUCCCAUGUACCAGGCCAUGCCGGUGCCACAGAUCAACAUCACCAUCCUGAAAGGUGAGAAGGGCGACCGAGGAGAUCGGGGCGUGCAAGGCAAAUAUGGCAAAACAGGCUCCAUGGGUGCCAGGGGCCAUGCGGGACCCAAAGGGCAGAAAGGGUCCAUGGGGGCCCCCGGGGACCGGUGCAAAAACCACUACGCUGCCUUUUCGGUGGGCCGGAAGAAGCCCCUGCACAGCAACGACUACUACCAGACGGUGAUUUUCGACACGGAGUUCGUGAACCUCUACGGCCACUUCAACAUGUUCACGGGAAAAUUCUACUGCUAUGUGCCCGGCAUCUACUUCUUCAGCCUCAAUGUGCACACCUGGAACCAGAAGGAGACAUACCUGCACAUCAUGAAGAACGGGGAGGAGGUGGUGAUCCUGUACGCCCAGGUGAGCGACCGCAGCAUCAUGCAGAGCCAGAGCCUGAUGCUGGAGCUUCAGGACCAAGACGAGGUGUGGGUGCGCCUCUUCAAGGGCGAGCGCGAGAACGCCAUCUUCAGCGAUGAAUUUGACACCUACAUCACCUUCAGUGGCUACCUGGUCAAGCCCGCCACCGAGCCCUAGCCGCCCGCUAGGGCUAACCUCCAUCGCCACAGGCUAACCUCCCGUUGUCCCCGUGCCCCGCCCUGCUCCACCAGACCCCGUCCCCGACCCGGGUUUCCCCGGCCCACACCUCCCCAGCUUUGGCAUUCGACAUGACGCCCCUCGUGGGAGUGGGAAGCAACAUCGGCUGUGUGGUCCCAGGCCUUGCCGUGUCCGCACAUGAAAUCACCAGGCGGGUGCCUGCGAGAGCUCCCCUCUGUGUGCACGUCCUUGAGUGACCCCUGCACGCGUGCCACGACACGCCAGGGUGUCCCAGAGUAAGCCACCCUUGCUCCCAUUGCUGGGAAUAAUUAAGCCAAUUCUAAAGGUUGUGAAAGGAGCAAAGUAAACCAUGGAAAAGAAAGAGAGGCAUUAUUAUUUUUGCCUUUCUGCCAGCCUCGCUGGCUCCAGGCAGGAGGGCUGUCUCCCCUCGAGGCUGCCGGAGACUUCCUGUAAGAGAAGAUCUAAAGUGGAUGCCAAGGGUGACAGGGGAAGGGGGUGGGGGGCGUGGGGACCGGAAAACCAUGUCUGGCUUAAUAUUUUAGGCCACGUAGGAACCUUCUUGGGGGACAGCUGGACUGACGUCCACAUCCCAUGGACAUUCCUGUGGCCUUGCCCGAGGGCUCAGCUGGUCUUUCUGAGCCACAACGGCGAGGGGGUUCAAACUGGGCAGCAAGGGUCAGCUCCUCAGAGGGACAGCCAAGCCCUCGGCCGUGGCCUCUGCGUCGGUGAGCAGACUGCUUGCCGGAACCCGCAGGCUCCUGGCAGCAGAUGGCCCCUGGCAGCCCAGCUCAGUACAACCCAGCAGAGCCGUGCAUCCUGGUAUGGCUCUGCCCGCUCCCCCGCCCCACCCUUGCGUCCUGGACGGGGCCCCCACGCCUGUCACACUGGCAUUGGCUUUCUGUCCCUCCUCUCCAACGGGUUAGCUGUGGAAGGACCUAGGGCCUUUGAUUUUGCAGCAGCUGUCAUGGCUACACAACUUGUUCAAUAGACCCUCCUCACCCACCGUCUCAGAGUCCUGCUUCCCAGAGAUUUCACCAUUCAGCGCCCCAGCACCCUCCCCUGGGGCCUCUUUGACCAGCAGCCUAAGACCAAUGCAGGAGGGGGCUUUCCUGGGCCCCAGAGCAGGGGAGAGCUGGAAGGGACUGGAAAGCUCCCCCUCCUGUCUCAGGAGCUCCUGCAUGGCUCAGCGUCUGAGAGGGGAGAGAGGGCACGUCCCAACCACCGGGGUCAGAACCUCUGCUCUGAGGGGGGUUGGGGGGAUGCCUACAGUGGGGCGCUGCCUGGAUUGGUGCUCCGGCCCGUGGCUGACUUUGGCCCGGCAGCCCUUCCCCACUUCUCUGCAUCAACGCCCAGGGCCAGGGUCACCCUGCCUGCUUGGGCCCUAAGCCCCUACGGGAGCCUUCCUUCCCACUGCCUUCCUGCUAAGCCCUGAUAUUGACCGAUCCCUCUGCCCACCCUGAGCCUGGCCAUUGGGUCUGGGGUCUACACAUCCUUCCCUCUGAAGGACUUCUGCUGGUCAGACUUUAAAAACUGUGUAUUUGUGUGGGUGAGCUGGGGAGCAGGGCGCCCGCCUCCUGCUUUAUGCUGCCCCAGUGCUCUUCCAGGAAACAUUAAACUUGGAAUUGUGUGUUUCA